AGCUCUCUUUACCCACUGGUCGACCCCAGACAGUCAGGUCUUUGACAUUCCCAAUGUGUCACCUGACAUGAUGAGGCUCAUCAUUGAGUUUGCCUACACCGGCUUUGUUCAUGUGACACAAGAGAAUAUACAAGAGCUUUUUAUAGCGGCUGACAGGUUCAAUGUAAUGGGCAUCCUGGAAGCCUGCAGUCACAUCCUGGAGGAGCAGCUGGCCCCACAGAACUGCAUAGGCAUCUGGUGGUUCACAGACCUCUAUUACUACCCCGAGCUGAGACGCAAGACCUUCCUCUACAUUCUGAAUCACUUUGAGGAGGUUGCUGCCACCUCAGAGGAGUUCCUGCUGCUCUCUGUGCAGGAACUUGCUAAAAUGAUUGAGAAUGACCAACUCAGUGUGAAGAAGGAGAAAACAGUGUUUGAGGCCAUCCUCCGCUGGAUCACCUACGCACCUGAACAACGCAGAGAAUACAUCUCUCUGCUUUUGUCCAAGGUCAGGCUGGCUUUGAUGAGUCCAGAAUACAUGAUGGAGAAUGUGACUGACAACGAAGUGGUGAAGGCGAGUGGAGAGUGUCGACAAAUUCUCCUUAAGACCAUGGAUGCCAUGCUUGAUAUCAGAACAAAGAGGUGCUCCAGCUCUAUUUCUUUUCAUUCUUUGGCUCGUCCACGCCUGCCCCCGGCAGUCCUGUUGGCCAUUGGAGGCUGGAGUGGUGGCAGUCCCACCAAUGGCAUCGAGGCGUACGAUGUCCGUGCACAGUGCUGGGUCAGUGUAACUGAUGAUGAGGAGGCUCCUCGGGCCUACCAUGGCACUGCUUUCCUCAAUGGAUCAGUGUACUGUGUGGGUGGCUUUAACGGUGUUGAACAGUUCAGCAGUAUGCACAGGUUUGAUCUGGACAUGCACACCUGGCAGGAGGUAGCACCAAUGCAUUCCAGACGGUGCUAUGUCAGCGUCACUGUGAUGGAUGGGUACAUAUACGCCAUAGGAGGUUAUGAUGGACACGAUCGACUCGAAACUGCUGAGCGCUAUCAACCUAGAACCAAUCAGUGGACUUUAAUUGCAUCCAUGCACGAGCAGAGGAGUGACGCCAGUUGCACAACCCUUCAUGGCAAGGUGUACAUUUGUGGUGGCUUCAAUGGGAACGAGUGCCUGUCAACGGCUGAAUGUUACAACCCAGAGACCAACCAGUGGACACUGAUCGCCUCCAUGGGCAACAGGCGCAGUGGAGUUGGCGUCAUGGCCUAUUCAGACCAUGUCUUUGCAGUUGGUGGUUUCAAUGGAACCAGCCGUCUGCAUACUGCUGAGGCCUACAACCCCAACAACAACACCUGGCACAAUGUGCCACACAUGAUGAACCCCCGAAGCAACUUUGGCAUCGCAGUGAUCGAUGACUGCCUCUUUGUGGUGGGGGGUUUCAACGGCUUCACCACCACCCCUGAUGUUGAGUGCUAUGAUAUGGAAACUGGUGAAUGGUCUGAUGUCUGUGACAUGGAGAUCUCCCGCAGUGCCCUGAGCUGCUGCGUGGUGUACGGACUCAACAACAUGGACGAAUAUGCUGCCACUCGUUACUCCCUGCAACUCUCAGAUGAGGAGGAUGAAGUGAUGAAGAUCUGACUAUGACUUGUAUUGUUCUGUAAAUAAA